UUUGUGGUUGUAGCAAAUAUAUGAUCCCAAAGAAUGGAAUCUGAAAGCCAUUGUGAGGAAAUCAUGAAAAGGAGGCAUGAGCUGUGGAUGGCUGAGUAUGGGCGUGUUUACGAGGAUGAGGCUGAGAAAGCACGGAGAUUUGAGAUAUUCAAAGAGAACGUUAAAUACAUAGAAGAUUUCAAUAAUGCUGGAGAGCAUAAAUACACAUUAGGUGUCAACGCGUUUACUGACCUCGCCCCUGUGGAGUUUACAGCUACUUACGCUAGUGGAUUCAAAAUUCCAGACGCAGAGUUGGAGGAGUCACUGCUGAGCUCUCCUACUUCUCCUUCAAGUGUUGAUCAAAGGACUGAGGUUGAAGUGGCAAAUGACGUCAAUUAUGAAGAGAAAUAUGAGAGAUGUCAAGGAGAAGUCUCAAAGGACAAAAAAGAAGAAAAGGAAGAAAAGCUAAAUUAAAGCUUGAAAAGUUCGUGAUGCAAAAAGGAAUUCAAAAUCGAUGUAUUUGUAUGAUAAUAUUGGGUUAAAGAAUUUGGAUCUUGUGAUUGAAUCUACGAGAGAGGGUUCAUGUAAGUAUUUUAUCUAAAAAAAAGUAACGGAUGAGUUUUUUCCAACCAUGAUCAAAUUGAAAAAACAU